AGAGUUAGGAAGACUCGUUGAUGCAUUUGGUUUGUAGUAAGGCUUUUUCUUUCCUUUUUAAAAAAUAGCUAGGAAAAACCAGGACCCUUCGACUUGAUCUUUUUCGCUCCUCUUUCUUGUGCUUGGUUCUUACUGUGUGUGUUUUAACGGCGAGAAGACGAGGGGAACAAAACCCGGCGGAUCCACCCAUCACUGUGGGUGGUUUUAAUUUUUCGUUUUUCUUCUUUUUUUAAAAACAACCACUCUUUAACAAUGAACAAACUGUACAUUGGAAACCUCAGCGAGAACGCCGUCCCCUCGGACCUAGAAAGUGUCUUCAAGGACGCCAAGAUCCCGGUGUCGGGACCCUUCCUGGUGAAGACUGGCUACGCGUUCGUGGACUGUCCGGACGAGAGCUGGGCCCUCAAGGCCAUCGAGGCGCUUUCAGGUAAAGUGGAAUUGCACGGGAAACCCUUAGAAGUCGAGCAUUCGGUCCCCAAAAGGCAAAGGAUUCGGAAACUUCAGAUACGAAAUAUCCCGCCUCACUUACAGUGGGAGGUGCUGGAUAAUUUACUAGUACAGUAUGGAGUGGUGGAAAACUGUGAGCAAGUGAACACUGACUCGGAAACUGCAGUCGUAAAUGUAACCUAUUCCAGUAAGGACCAAGCUAGACAAGCACUAGACAAACUGAAUGGAUUCCAAUUGGAGAGCUUCAUGUUGAAAGUGGCCUACAUCCCUGACGAGGUGUCCGCCCAGCCUACCCCCUUGCAGCAGUCCCGAGGUCGCCGUGGAUUUGGCCAGAGAGGUUCCUCGAGGCAGGGGUCUCCGGGAUCCGUAUCCAAGCAGAAGCCCUGCGACUUGCCGCUGCGCCUGCUGGUUCCCACCCAGUUUGUUGGAGCCAUUAUAGGGAAAGAAGGUGCCACCAUUCGGAAUAUCACCAAACAGACUCAGUCUAAAAUCGAUGUCCAUCGUAAAGAGAAUGCAGGUGCUGCUGAGAAAUCAAUUACUAUCCUUUCUACCCCUGAAGGCACCUCUGCGGCCUGUAAGUCUAUUCUGGAGAUUAUGCAUAAGGAAGCUCAAGAUAUAAAAUUCACAGAAGAGAUUCCCUUGAAGAUUUUAGCCCAUAAUAACUUUGUUGGUCGUCUUAUUGGUAAGGAAGGAAGAAACCUUAAAAAAAUUGAGCAGGACACAGACACUAAAAUCACAAUAUCUCCGUUGCAGGAGUUGACGCUGUACAACCCGGAGCGCACCAUAACAGUUAAAGGCAAUGUUGAAACGUGUGCCAAAGCUGAGGAAGAGAUCAUGAAGAAAAUCAGGGAGUCUUAUGAAAAUGAUAUUGCUUCUAUGAAUCUUCAAGCACAUUUAAUUCCUGGAUUAAAUCUGAAUGCCUUGGGUCUGUUCCCACCCACUUCAGGGAUGCCACCUCCCACUUCAGGGCCCCCUUCAUCUAUGACUCCUCCUUACCCACAGUUCGAGCAAUCAGAAACAGAGACUGUUCACCUGUUUAUCCCAGCCCUCUCUGUCGGCGCCAUUAUCGGCAAGCAGGGACAGCACAUCAAACAGCUUUCUCGCUUUGCAGGAGCUUCUAUUAAGAUUGCUCCAGCUGACGCACCAGAUGCUAAAGUGAGGAUGGUGAUUAUCACUGGGCCACCAGAGGCUCAGUUCAAGGCUCAGGGAAGAAUUUAUGGAAAAAUUAAAGAAGAAAAUUUUGUUAGUCCUAAAGAAGAGGUGAAACUUGAAGCUCAUAUCAGAGUGCCAUCCUUUGCUGCCGGCAGAGUUAUUGGAAAAGGAGGCAAAACGGUGAAUGAGCUCCAGAAUUUGUCAAGUGCAGAAGUUGUUGUCCCUCGUGACCAGACGCCUGAUGAGAAUGACCAAGUGGUUGUCAAAAUAACUGGUCAUUUCUAUGCUUGCCAGGUUGCCCAGAGAAAAAUUCAGGAAAUACUGACUCAGGUAAAGCAGCACCAGCAGCAGAAAUCUCUGCAAAGUGGCCCACCUCAGUCAAGACGGAAGUAAAGGCUCAGGAAACAGCCCACCACAGAGGCAGAUGCCAAACCAAAGACAGAUUGCUUAACCAACAGAUGGGUGCUAACCCCCUAUCCAGAUCCACAUGCACAACUUUCUUACCUAGCCAGUUGUUUCUGAGGACCAGGCAACUUUCGAACUCCUGUCUCUGUGAGAAUGUAUAUUUUAUGCUCUCUGAAAUGUAUGACACCCAGCUUUAAAAAAAAAAAA